CGGACGGACUUGAGUAUUAGACCACGAUCACAAUCUUCAGUGAUGGAUGGCUUCGACCUCACCAAAGCCCCCCCAGAAUUCCAAGCCUGGGGCUGGACCAGCUAUUUGUGCCACUCGUACACCAACCUGACCUGGCUCUACGUCUACUACGGCAUCAUCUACUACUCGUACAAGGACCGCUCGUACAGCAUGCCGCUGAUAUCGCACUGCUUCAACAUCGCCUGGGAGAUCACCUUCGGCUUCCUCUUCGCGCUCGACCACUGGCUGAUCACGCUGACCUUCCAGGUCGCCACCCUGAGCAACUUGGGCACCAUCUACGCGGCCAUCCGCUACGGCUCGCAGGAGUGGGCGCACGCCCCGCUCAUCCAACGAUACCUGCCCUGGUGGUAUCUGGCGGGCAUCGCCCUCGCCAUCGCCGCCCACCUGGCCCUGGUCGCCGAGCUGGGCGGCAUGACCGCCUGCUUCGCGAACGCGAUCGUGUGCCAGGCCAUCCUGAGCGUCGGCUACCUCUGCCAGCUCCUGACGCGCGGCAGCACCCGCGGCUUCGCGCUGAACCUCUGGUUCUUCCGCUUCACCGGGUCGCUGACCUUGGUCCCGGAGUUCUACCUGCGCGUCAAGUACUGGCCCGAGGCCUUCGGCUUCCUCGGCAAGCCCUUUAUGCUCUGGUGCUGUGCCAUCUACCUCGGGUUCGAUCUGGCCUAUGGGAUUUGUUUCUGGUACAUCCGGCGAAUGGAACAAGAGGCGCAGAGAGCGAGGUCCAUGCUGAAGAAGAGCGGCUGAUUUCGACUCUAUGAUCUUUUGUUCGAAGAAAAAGAUCCGCUUGCACGGGAGGGUCAAGGCUACACUGAAAGCAUGAUUGGAGAAUGGAGACUGUUUUUGGUUUUGCUCGAUGUGUUUUCAAUGUCGGCAAAUGUGGGCAAGCUAGGUAGGGCCAUGCGUGCAUUUUAGUAGUCAUGUAUGUAGAGGAAGGUCAUAGCCGGAGAGGCUUGUAAGUCUGAAUAUUGAAAGCUCAGCUUCGAGUGCACUAGGCUGGAGAGGUAGAUCUUCAAAGUCGCUAUCCAUCAAAAAGCCAUGAGUUCGAUACAAGG